AAAACAUUCCGUAUAGCUCUGGUGCCACCGGGUCCUCCGGGUCCUACAAUGCAAUUAUUCAACUAUCCCGAGCCUCAGACAUACAAAUGUCUAAAGGCAACAGAAGCAGACGAACGGUUAAUGGAGCAGAGGAAUGAAAACAGGCGAUUGGAGAUUGGGCAUCGGCUGUGUGGGCUGCAUUUCGCGUGUCGAACACGCUUAAGUCGCAGGGCAAAGUCAAAACAGAAUGCCGCGUGAGGGGAGCCGAGACAAACAAACGAAAACAUCAAGGACCAGGGGCUGGCUGAGUGAAAUGUGAAUCAUAUAUAAUCUUGCCGAAAGCCCAAUAGUAAAAAGGUAUUGUCGAUAUAUCUUAGCUCUUUUACGCCUGCUCACUUUCCUAGCUACUAAAGAGUGUGCCCUCAAGUCAUUUUUGAGUCCACCUCCGACAAAAGAAAAUACUUAUAAAUGUCUCCGCCAAUGCGGGACGAGGCGACUUGGGAUAACCAAACAUAUACUCUGCAGAUUAUCCAUUCAAUGACUAUCGACCAUCCCUAGUGACAGGAAAGUUUUUUGCGGCGGCGUCGCCAAGCAAACAGCCUUAGACACAGCCACAGCAACGACAGUAACAGCAACAGCAGUGAGACAACAGCUGGCAGUGUAGGCAGGCGUGCGACAUAGACAGCGACAGGAACUGCGGCAGCAACAAGGACAUUUUGGUUUUUUGUUGAAUUUAAUUGUCAAGUGGGAAGGGGCUUAGCCCAUGCAAAAGAGAGAGAAGGGGCUAUACCAUGAGGGAGCCAGCACGCUCCAUUUGGGAGUCGGCCAGUCGACCAUUGUUUGUGCGUUCUGUUUGGUUGGAGCGGAUCGGGGACACGGGGCGCAGCCACAGACGCCACUUUAUACUCGACUAUGAGCCGCGCGAGCAACAGAGACAAAGCGCAAAACGAGGUGGCGUCAGCUAUGAAAGUGACUUUAGCGACUUUCACGGAAAGCCAACAGCCUUAGAGUAUGGUACUGAUUAUACACUGGAUGAGUACCUCCUGCUAGGCGCCACUAAGCUCACCUUGCAGCACCAGCAGCAGCAUCAUCACCAGCAGCAGCUCCAAGCUAGUCAGGCGCCUGCGGCAGGGACUAACAAGGUUCAAUCUGCAUUCAGUGCGCUGCACAGCAGACGGCACGCUAGGCGCCGCGCCUGGGUGCUAAGCAGCGGCAAGGGCUAUCAGCUGAACCAUCUAACGGAUCACAGUUCUAACUCGCACUCACGCCGUAGUUCUCUGCAGGAUGCGCUGCAUGCAAUAGCUCAUCCUGCCAAUCCGGAGGAACGUCUGGCUGAGCGUGUGAUCAACUGGCUCGAUUUGGCGGGGAGAGCAGACAUUGUAAAGAGCUCUACGCCGCUGCCCGACAGUGGCAUCAUUAACCGUGCAGCGCUUCCAGGCAGUCAGCGGAUUAGUCGGCAGGGUCAUCGAGCUAUGGGCCUGAAGCGCAGCAUUACACAGCGGGAAAUUCCUCGUAAGCCGACCGCAGCAAAGCACCCAGUGAUGAGCUGCAGCCCCUCCAAUGCUAAGCCCAUAACCAUCGUCUUCAACAAGGAGGGCGUCCCCGUCCGCUUCAACCGUCCGCCGCGCAACAUUGAUCUCUGUGCGCUCAGCAAGAGCCCCGGCACUGCGCGACGCAUGGCCGGCCAACUGUCUGCCGUGAGAUUAUACAACGGCGCUGCUGCUCCGUCAGCCGUAGACGCCGCACGUACGCCGCCCCACAGCAGUCGGGACUUCAGCGGCAGCCAGCACGAGAGCCGCAAGCAGUUGCACAUCUUCAUGCCCAGCUUGCCGAAGAAGGGCUUGCUCCUUUCCGCAACGGCAGCCAAUGAGGACGCCCUUAGCGCGAGCCUGAGUGAACUGUGCUUCUAAGCACCGAUUCUGCAUUCCCAAUAAAGUCAACGUUAAACUCUCCAUUUGUCAGUUUGUCAUUUUUGAUUGGCCUCCAAGAAUAUUUCUGGGUAUUGCGAAUUCCGUAAGUAUCCUUGAAUACCGACUUAAUGUCUUACAUAAUUAGUAGCAUUCAACUGCUGACAUCGUAUGUCAAGGAUUAGUGAGCGACAAAACAAGUCCUCUGACUUUGUUUACUUCCGUUUCCUUUGUUUGCUGUCAUAGAGAGCGCUAUUUUUAAAUCACGCCGACAAGUCUGAGUUUUCC